GAGGGAGGAGGAGCUCGGGUUCUAAUUGGCUGAUGGCGCUCCUGGAUCCCGCCCACCCUUCGAUCAGGAGAGUCGCCUCGCGGCUCCGUGUGUGCGCGUGCGCAGUGGCAGCGCGCUUCGUCGAGGCCGGAGGCAUCUGCGGAGGAAGCUGGGCAGAGGAAGAGGAGGAGAGCCGUCCCCAGGAGCCGCGCCGCCUCUGCUUUAGAGGCCCAUGUCUCUGGGAGGCCCCCCCGGAGGCCUCCUGCCGGCCCCUGCACCCCCCGAGAAGCUGCAUCCUUGGCCCGAGCUGUCCUCGCCCCCCCUGGAGGGCCAGGAGCCCCGCCUAGGCCUGGCCAUGCCCGGCCCCCUGGGCUGCCUGGGCCUCCGGCCGGACGAGGAGGAGGGGGCUGCCGGCCCCGAGGCCUCCCGCCGCCGCUUCCGGAGGUUCCGCUACCAGGAGGCCUCUGGCCCCCGUGAGGCCCUGAGCCGCCUGCGGGAGCUCUGCGGGCUCUGGCUGCGGCCCGAGGUCAGCCCCAAAGAGCAGAUCCUGGAGCUGCUGGUCCUCGAGCAGUUCCUGAGCAUCCUUCCCGUGGAGAUCCGCACGUGGGUGCGGGAGCAGGCGCCGCAGAGCGCCGAGGAAGUGGUGGGGCUGGUGGAAGGCCUGCAGAGGAACCCGGCCCGCCUGAUGCACUGGAUCAUGGGCCGCAUUCUGAGCCAGGAAGGCCUCUCGCCGGGAAGCAGAGGCCAGAAGGAGGACGAGGCCCGGCCUCCGCCCGACGCCACAGAAGAAACUUCCCUGGGCAUCAAAGAGGAGCCCAGCGGGCCUCAGGACACCACUGCCCCCACUGCCCAGACUCCUGCCCGACGACCGGAAGGGAAUGGCCACGCCGACACGGAGAGGGCAGCCUCCUCCCUGCCUUCGGGAUCCCAGGAGGAGUGGGGCCUGCUGGACCCCUCGCAGAAGGAGCUGUACUGGGACGUCAUGCUCGAGAAGUACGGCUCGGUGGUGUCCUUAGGAGGAAGGGGCCAGAAGCCCAGGGAGUGUCCUUCCAGGGAUGCUGCCAGGCCCCAGGCAUCUCCGCACCCAGUUCCCCGACAAGGCCAGGGAGCCGGGCCAGGAGCCAGUUCAGGGAGAGGCCUUUGGCCUGUGGCUGACCCAGGAAGCCCCGGAAGGAAAGGCAAAGCCCCGUCGGCAGCGGCAGGGGCCUGUGGAGGCGGGGUGGCCCUGCAGGGCCCCCCGGAGCAGGUGUCCCCGUGGACGGACAGGGACAAAGGCUUCUUUCCAGGCCCCGGCCCGGGCGCUCGGGAGAAGCCCUACCUGUGUGACGAGUGCGGGAAGGGCUUCGACUGGAAGUCCGUGUUUGUCAUCCACCAGAGGUCGCACGCGGGCCCGCGGGAGGAGAGGAGGGAGCCCCGGGCCGGGGCCGGCGGUGGGGGCCAGUGCGGCCAGGCCGUCCGGGAGCUGGCCCUGCUGCGCAACCACCGGCACAGCCACUCGGGCGGCGACAAGAGCUACCAGUGCCCCGAGUGCGGGAGGGGCUUCAACUGGAAGUCCCAGCUAGUCAUCCACAAGAAGGCCCACGCGGGGGGCGACAAGCAGCACCCGUGCGCCGAGUGCAGGGGCAGCUCCGACUGGAAGUCGCAGCUGGUCAUCCACAAGAAGGCCCACCCGAGGGGGGAUGCCCUGUAGGUAAUAAACCCCUUGGCGCCUUUC